AUGAUGAUUACACUUCUCCUGUCAUUUUAGCCUUCCAUAAUAUACCAUUUGGACGACCACAAAAUAAAAAAGAUUAAUAAAAAGCACAUCCAAAUUUUUUAUUUUUUUCUGUGUUUCCAACUUUAAUCAAACUUCUAGUCUUAUCAUCAAAAAUGUAAUAAUAUUAAGAUUCAAUAGCAAUUUUAGGAUAACUGA